AUGUCUAGCAGUUUAUUUAUCACUGCUGUCAAGGUGAGGUCCCUUGUAUGUCUAUUCGGAAGGCUAAUAUCCCAGUAUGUUUUGGGCACGGCCGGUGUUGGGGCUACACUUUUGGCCGGCGGUCUGUGGUACUUUCAACGAACGCUGAUAUAUCCUUCUUACGUCCCCAAGGGAUCUAGACUAUAUGUACCAAAACCUACCGAAGUAGGCUUGCCUUACGAAGAUGUCACCUUGACCACAUCGGACCAUGUCAAAAUCAAAGCUUUUGUAAUCCCCGCUCGUAGACAUCCUGUCCAGCUUUCUGAGCUGAGGGGUUUGGCUGCUAAAGAGCGAGAGAAGAUAGGGGCGGAUGAAGUUGAGAAAUGGACUGAAGAGAUGGGUAACGAAGAUGCUCUUGAAUAUGCCAAGAGCAGACCUACUAUCGUACUCUUUCAUGCUAACGCUGUAGGCAAUAUGGGACAUCGGGUGCCACUAGCUCGCAAAUUCAACGCGGAACUGGGGUGUAAUGUGUUCAUGCUUAGCUAUCGGGGAUAUGGACAGUCGGAGGGUCAUGCAUCUGAGAGAGUAGGUAUACGAAUAGAUGUGGAAACUGCAUUGGAGUACAUCACGAAACACCCCAUUCUUGAUGAUACCAAACUCAUCUUGUACGGUCAAUCAAUUGGUGGAGCAGUAUGCAUCUGGGCUGCAGCCCAUCAUCCAGACUUGGUAUCAGGAGUAAUCAUCGAAAACACUUUCCUCUCUCUUCAGUCUCUCAUUCCCCUGAUCAUGCCUCAAAUACCCAGAUUCCUCCUGCCAAUCCUAUUGACCGAAAGAUGGGAUUCUCAUCUCUACCUUCCUCGUAUACCAUCCACUACACCAAUGCUCUUUCUUUCUGGCAGAAGGGAUUCUCUCGUCCCACAAGCCCAGAUGCUGGCUUUGAGAAGCAUACGUGAGAGUAAUGAUGGUCGAAUACGGUGGAAAGAGUUGGAUGGAGAGCAUAACGAUACUUGUCUAGCUCCGGGAUAUUGGGAGGAGAUCGCGGAGUGGUUGAUAGAAGUACAGCAUGUAAGCUUGGAUCAGCGCGAGAAGAGUGAUCGUGAUUUGAGGGAGAGUGAGGGGAUGGAGGAAAUCACCCGUGCGCCAACAUUGUGA